AUGCUGCAAAGCAGAAGCUUCGUUAAGAAAACCAAACAAGGAGGAGUUCGCAAGAUAGUUAGGGAACACUAUCUCAGGGAUGAUAUAUAUUGCGGGGCUCCAUUUUGUAAAGUAUGCGAUGUUUCCGGAGCUAAAUUGAGUGAUGCUCCUUCACCGCUUCUCGUUGUUGACACCAAUGUCGUCCUCAAUCAGAUUGAUUUGUUGGAGAAUCCAGCCAUUGAUGAUGUGGUUGUGCUUUCGGUUGUGUUGCAAGAGGUUAAUAAUAAGAACAUUUCGAUUUACAAUCGGCUCAGGUCGCUUUGCAGUAAUGCUUCUAGAAAGUUCUUUGUUUUCUCAAAUGAACACCACAGGGAUACAUAUGUGAAAGAUAUGGCUGGCGAAACUCCAAAUGAUAGGAAUGACAGAGCUAUCAGGGUUGCAACACGAUGGUAUCAGGACCAUCUUGGGGGUGCUGUUCAUGUCUUACUGCUCACAAAUGACCGGGAGAAUAAGAGGAAAGCCAUAGAGGAGGGGAUUUCUGCUGAAACAGUUGAAUCAUAUGUGAAGUCGCUUGGUCAGCCAGAGUUGCUAGACCUUAUUGUUCAGCCUCCUUCCGAGGAUGUUAAAAUGGAGGAUGUUGAAGAUCUUAGACCUUCAAAGAGAAAAGUCAUCUACACAGAGCAUAAACCCAUGUCAGAGAUAACAUCUGGCUUGCUUCGGGGAAUUUUUCAUCAAGGGAAACUUCGUGUCAACCGUUACAAUCCAUUUGAAGCAUAUGUUGGUAGUGAAAGUAUUGGUGAUGAAAUUAUUAUUUAUGGGCGUACAAAUAUGAAUCGAGCUUUCGAUGGUGAUGUUGUGGCUGUAGAACUGCUGCCUCAAGAUCAAUGGCAGGGAGAGACAUCGAUAGCAAUUACCAAUGAAGAGGAUGAGGAGGAAGAUGUCCAUCUUCCCCCAAGUAGUGCUGAUGAUGCUCCCAGAGCCACAAAUCUUGUGCAAGGAUCUACUGGGGCUGCAAAUUCACCGCCUUCCCGUCCUUCAGGCCGUGUAGUUGGCAUUAUAAAACGGAACUGGCACUCAUAUUGUGGAUCUGUGGAGCCAAUGCCGAUGCCAGCAGGCAGUGGUGGUGUUGUACAUGCCUUAUUUGUUUCCAAGGACCGUAGAAUUCCUAAAAUCCGUAUACAGACCAGGCAGCUUGACAACCUUUUGGACAAAAGAAUUGUUGUGGCAGUGGAUAAAUGGGAUGUUCUGUCUCGAUAUCCUUCUGGUCAUUACGUGAGGACAAUCGGAGUGAUAGGUGAUAGGGACACUGAAACCGAGGUUGUGCUUUUGGAGAAUGAUGUAGAAUUCAAACCAUUCUCGUCUCAAGUUUUAGCUUGUUUGCCGCCACUACCCUGGUCUGUGUCUUCUGAAGAUCUAGCAAAUCCUAUUAGGCAGGACUUACGACACCUUCAAGUCUUUAGUGUGGACCCUCCAGGAUGCAAGGAUAUUGAUGAUGCAUUGCACUGCACAGCUCUCCCGAGUGGAAAUUUUGAAGUGGGAGUCCAUAUUGCUGAUGUCACAAAUUUUGUACAUCCUGGAACACCACUUGAUGAUGAGGCUUCAAAAAGGGGUACCUCUGUCUACCUUGUUGAACGCCGUAUCGACAUGCUACCCAAACCUCUUACAGAAGAUAUCUGUUCCCUACGUGCUGAUGUGGAGAGAUUAGCUUUCUCUGUGAUUUGGGAAAUGACUUCUGAAGCAGAUAUUAUUUCUACAAGAUUUACAAAGAGUGUGAUAAAGUCAUCUGCAGCUUUGUCAUAUGUUGAAGCUCAAGCAAGGAUGGAUGACAGUCGCCUUGUGGAUCCUGUUACUACUGAUUUAAGAAAUAUGAAUGCUUUAGCGAAGAUUAUGAGGCAAAAACGGAUUGAUAGAGGGGCUUUGACACUUGCAUCUGCUGAAGUAAAAUUCCAAAUUGACACUGAAACUCAUGACCCACUUGAUAUUGGAAUGUACCAGAUAAGGGAAGCGAAUCAAAUGGUUGAGGAGUUUAUGCUUGCAGCUAACAUUUCAGUUGCUCAAAAAAUUUUAGAUCAUUUUCCCCAGUGUGCGCUUCUAAGACGACAUCCUACGCCAACUAAGGAGAUGCUUGAGCCUUUAAUAAGAACAGCUUCUGCUGUUGGUCUCCAACUAGAUGUGUCAUCCUCAAAAGCACUUGCUGAUUCACUUGAUCGUGCUGUGGGCAGCGAUCCCUACUUCAACAAACUGAUCCGUAUUCUAGCUACCAGAUGCAUGUCCCAGGCAGUCUACUUCUGUAGUGGUGAGCUCAGUGCUCCAGAAUAUUACCAUUAUGGUCUAGCAGCUCCACUGUACACUCACUUCACAUCCCCCAUUAGAAGAUAUGCAGACGUGUUUGUACACAGGUUACUUGCUGCAUCAUUGGGAAUAAACAGGCUACCUGAUGUCUUCCAGGACAAGGCGCAGCUUACAAAUAUUUCUGACAAUCUGAAUUAUCGGCAUAGGAAUGCGCAAAUGGCCAGCCGUGCUUCUGUAGAGCUUCAUACGCUCAUAUAUUUCCGGAACAGGCCUACUGAUACAGAAGCCAGAAUAGUGAAAAUACGAUCAAAUGGCUUCAUCGUCUUUGUACCGAAGUACGGCAUUGAAGGGCCAGUAUGUUUGAGCAAGGAAGGAGGCUGGCUGGUUGAUGAGCAACAACAGAGAAUAAAAAAAAGCGAUAAUAGUAUCUACUAUGGAGUUUUGCAGACCGUGCAGAUUCAUAUGGAGGUUGUGGAGCCCCAACCUAAUCGACCAAAACUCCAACUCACCUUAAUUGAAGAUACAUACAUGACAAAGAAAUAG